AUGUUCUCCUCAAAGCUAAAAGCAGUUUGCCUACAAGCAUUGAUGAUCAUCGUAGUUUUACUGGAAGCUCUGUUCUCAGGGCUAAAUUACCGUGCUCGUGUUCAUAGCGGUCUUCUGGACCAGCUUAUUCGCUGCGAGCAGAAUGGAUCGCCUGUUGAAGUCCUACAGUGGAUUACGUCGUUCUCCCCCUUGCUUGGAACACUUUGGAAAUCCACACAGGAUCGACAACAGUGCGAACAAAUUCCCCAAAACCUGGAAACGAAAAUCGAAAAUGUUCAUUCAAGACUUGGAAUUUUCGGAUUUAUGAAAAAUCUUCACAACAGUUUAUUUACUGAUUCAUGGAAGUUUGCUGGCUUGUGUUUGACGUUAGGAGGAAUCUUGUUUAUGAAGACUUGGCUGUCACGAAAGGAAGAGGAAAUGAACUCAAUAGAGGAAGAUGCUGACUUGGUAGGAGAGUGGUGGUCGACAGACAGCUCUCUCGAUGACGCUUGUGUCACAGAGGAGGAGGAAGAGGAGGAGGGCCAGGAUUUGGCUGAAGAUCCAAGUGACCCCAAAAACAAGAAGAAAUUGGAAGAAAUUGAAACCUUAUUUGAGCUAGAAAAAGCAGUUUUCGAAGAAAAGAAGCACGAAAUGGAAAACGAGAUUGGCCGCCUCUCCGAUGAGAUGGAAGUAAUCCGGAAAGAUAGAGAGGCAGAGAUGGAAAGCUGGACUAAAAACAUGAAUGAUCUAGAGCAGACAAACACCAAGCAAAAAGAAGAGAUUACCCGACUCACUAAUGUGAUUGAAGACGUUAAGAAAAAUAGAGAGGCAGUGAUUAGACGGUCGACCAAAACUAUCAAUGACCUUACGCAAAGAAACCAGCAAUUGAAAGCAGAGGCUGCCCUCGCCCUCGAUGACUAUGAAGCCCUCCAGAAAGAGAGGGAGGAAGAGAAAGAAAGGGCGAAUACAGCAAUUACUGACCUCCAGAAGAUGAAUGACCAGCUGCAGAGGGAAAUCAGCAGUAAUGAGGAAAUGAAGAAAUCAAUCCUCAUGUUGGAAGAGGAAUUGACAAGGGCCAAGGAAGUAAUCCGAGUCCAGAUAGAAAAGGAAACUCACCUUGUCAGAGAGAAUGAAGACUUGGAGAGAAGUAUUGCCGAGCAAAAUCAAAUUAUUGAAGACAUAUCAGAAGAAAGGAAAAGACUGAAGAGUGAAUUAGUGGCGGCCAACAUCAAUAGUGAGCUAAAGGGAUUAAAAGAUAAGGUAAUUUUACUUGAGACUGAAUUAGCAAGCGCCAUGGAAGAGAAUGGCGCCUUAAAGGAAGAGGUAUCUCGUCUAACUGAGAUGAAGAAGCUUCAACCUCAAAAACAAGUCAGACUUGUUCAUCAUCAUGAAGAAACGUUAAAAGACAGUGUAGACGAAAAGACGAAUAGAAACAGCGGAAUAAUGACUGAACCAGAGUCAACAGGAGAAAAAGAAGUUUUAGACAAGAUUAAGGAAGUAGUACUUGAAGAUCAGGCCAAAAGUCAGGGCUCAAAAGAACCAGCAAAAAUAACAGUUUUAAAACAAAGCCCAGUUAACUUAAGAAGAGAGGUAAUUGUCUGCCAAGGUCGACCUGUGGAUAGGACAGUUAGAAAAGGAUGGUCGACUAAUGAAGCCAGCUCAGAGAAAGAAGAGAAUGUCUGCAACAAACUACCUGAAAACAGGAUAGUGAGAGGCCUCAGAAACUCAGGCCUUGGAAAGAUGCUUACAAGUUCGAAAGCAUUGCCUGAGAAGAAUCAUGCAGACCAAAAGAUUGCAAAUGUUAAGGAGAAAGAGACUUGCGCUAAAAAUGUGGAUGACAGCCAAAGGCCUGAAAAAGAACGUUCUCCAAAGAGAGAGAAAACUCAGCGCAAGCUAAUCACGUUUGACCUGGAACCCGAUGAGCCCAACGUGGAAAGGAAGGUUUUCUCACACCUUGGAAAACUCAGAGUUGGGCUCAAUCUCUCAAGUCAGGACAGUAGAUUACAGCAAAGAAAGCCAUGCCAGCGUGACCAUGACGGCAACUAUUUAAUAUUCAAGGGCAAAAAAGUUCCAUUGACUUGUGUAAAAGAUAUGGAAGGAUAUCUGACAGUUGAACUGGACAUCCCGAGGAAAUUCCACAGGGCCAUCAACGGAAUCCAGGGAAGAACCGUGAUAGAGAUCACUGAAAAGAGUGGUGGGCCCUUAAUAGAGAUGCCCUCAAGGUCUGAGGUAUCAGAUCUCAUUACCAUCAGUGGUACUAUCACGCAGGUUCAUCAAGCAGCUGGUCAUAUUGAAAAGCUGAUCAACAAACUCUACUGA